AUGUCCAAGCGCUCCCGGAGCAUCUCUAGAUCACCCUCUGUUGGCGAACCUCCAGAGACCAGUUCAAGGCCCUCGUCACCGGCAUUUUCCAUCACUUCUGUUGAACGACCCAAAAAACAUCUAUCCGAUACCGCCAAUUCUGGCACAGAAGUAAUGCAUUGUUCGCUGCCACCACAUCGGGAGACGCUCUCGUUCCCCUCAUAUGAUGACUAUGAAGUUCAUUAUAAACAAACGCAUGUUAAUAGAUGCACAGCGUGUGGAAAGAACUUCCCCACGGACCGGUUCUUGAAUCUACAUAUCGAAGAGAACCAUGAUCCUCUGAUUGCCGCGAAAAAAGAUCGGGGAGAAAAGACUUACGGGUGUUUUAUUGAAGAUUGUGAGCGGAAAUGCUCGACGCCGCAGAAACGCAGGAUGCACUUGAUUGAUAAACAUAUGUUUCCCAAGCGUGCAAUCAUCACUUUCGCAAGGGCGACGGGGGGCAAAAGUAGGAGAAAGGGAAGCGAAAGGAAACAUAGGUGUCAAAGCAGUAUCACAAGAGUCAAGCUGCCAUAUCCCACUACCGACUCGGGCAGCACCAACUACUCUAUUGCUGACCAGGCUAGCAACAAGAGAGAAGGUAUGACUGGCGAAGACCAGCUGCAUUGCGCUGGCCGUAUUCAUUCAGAGACAUCAUCAGCCAAUGGGCAGAUAGAGCAUGGAAAUAUGCAUUUUGCAGCUGCCAUGGUAUGUGCUGUCGCGGAUAAGCUACCACUGCCCUGCUAA